AUGGGGACUGCGAAUGGGAAUGCCAGGCGGAGCGACUCACCGCCGGGAAGCGCCAAGAGGAAGGAGCCGGAGCGGUCCAAGGGCAAAGGGUCCGGCAAAUUUGCAGAGAAGGGCGGAGGCAUCCAGCUGCCGGAGAACUGUGUGCGGAAAACUGCAGACGGCAAGCCUUUGUGCUUCAAGUACCAGCACGGCAAGUGCCCGCUGCAGAAGAAGGCGCGCUGCCGGUUCGGAUUGCACAAGUGCUACUAUAGGGGAUGCGAGGCCGUGGAACUCUUGUUCGUUUGCUACAGCUUGGGCCUUUGGGUCAGUAUUGAGAACCCACGCAGAAGCUGGUUGUGGCAAGUGCUGGCAGUAUUGGUGAAGCAGCAGGGCGAUUUGGGUUUCAGGCAGUGGUAUUUUUGCCUUGUGGAUGUGCAUUACGACGCUUGCAUGCAUGGGGGCUCCCGAGCAAAGGCUACGAGGCUGCUUUCCUCACCCGGCCUUUUCGAGUCGCUGGCAGUCGAGUGCGAUCGAACUCAUGAGCACAGCGAAUGGAGCUUGAGCCGGCAGGAUGGUGGGUGGGCUUUUGCCACCCACACGGAGGCCGAGUAUCCACGCCUGUUUUGCAAGCGUUAUGCAUCGUGUGUGGCGCGCCAUGUUGACCCGGGCGCGUUGCAGUCUUCACACAUGCAGUUUCGGGCAAACUCGCUGGCCAUGCAGAACAGGCAGCACAAGACAAACAGGCAGUUGAUCCCUGAGUUUUCGGCGGUUGAAUUCAGGCCAGAGGGCUACAAACCCCUCAAGAAUGAGAAGAUGCUGCAACCACACCUUGCGGGGGUAGUGUCCGUGGUUGAUGAGGUGCUUUUGGAUGAGGACUUGCCGUGCCCAGAUGCCAGUGCCCCAGAAGCGAAGCAGUCACAGGCAGAUCAAGCUCGCGUUGGGGUGUAUUUCGAUUGCGUGCAGCAUGUGCAAAGGGCGUUACAGCUUCAGCACCCCAUGGACACGCGCUGCUCAAUUCCGGACAUUUUGAAGGUAGCAGUAUUCAAUAUGAUGACCUGGGGCCACGCAACCCUGGCAAAGCACCUCAGUGACUGUUUGAGUCAGGAUAUCCGGGCGGCCGUUGAUCUCGCAAAGCAGGAGGCUGUUUUGCAAAAGUCGCUUGAUGAGGCCGUGUCAGCAGUGGUGGGUGGCAAGAGACUGUUGCUUUUCAAGCGCUUGUUAGAGAUUACGCAUUUUCCUGACAUGCGAGUGGUUGAGAUCAUGAUGAAGGGCGUCGACCUAACCGGCAUCGAACCAGAGAGCCCCCUUUUCGCACGAAAGUUUUGCCCGGCUUCAACCACGGAGCCGGUGUUGGAAAAGGCGGCGGUAUGGAGGCGGCGCAGACUCAUGGGAAGUAGCAAGGAGGAUGCGGCGCUGGAUUCAAAGAGGCUGCAAGAGAUUUCAAGGGAGGAGGUCAGCAGUGGCUUCCUCAAGGGCCCCUUUGAUUAUGAUUCUGUGGCUCCGCAGGUUGGGUCGGAAGACUGGUCGAUGAGCAGGCGUUUCUUGCUCAGGCAAGGCGAGGAGGGAAAAGAGCGAGUCAUCGACGACCUCAAAGAGUCUUGUGUCAAUGCCUGUUAUGCCAGCGUGUCAAAACUGGAUUUGCAUGAUGUCGAUUUCGUCUCUGCAUUGUUCCUCUUCGUGGCAAAGCUCCUGCAGUCGGGUCCCGUGCUGAGAGUUCGUCUGGCAUCGGGACAAGAGUUGGUCGGGCACGUGCACGAGAGCGUCAGGGCGGAUUCUGCCCUACAGGCACGCUGCUUGGACCUUAGCAAGGCUUACAAGCAGGUUCCGGUGGCUCCGUCCUCGCACAAGUAUAACAUAGUGGUGGCAAAUUAUUUCGAUGACUAUCCCAUGCUGGCGUUCAGGGCGACGGCCACGAGUGUGGACAAGGCGGCCUUGUCGCUGCUUACCUUGCUGGGGUGGUCACACGCCCAAACGGGGAAGAAGGGGGCACCAUUCUCCCAGACAGCGGUGGUGUUGGGAGCUUCCUUCAACGUCAGUCUUCUAAACGCCGGAAAGCUGACAGUGGAAAACAAGCCGGAGAGACUGGAGAGGAUAGUGAAGCUGGUGAAGGAGUUCAAGCAGAGCAAGGGGCGGAAAUCGCUCGCUUCUUCGAUUCACGGACUUCUGAAUUAUGCUAGCGGUUUCGUGCUGGGGCUGGCCUUGAAAAUGUACACCAACGUUUUUGCAGGACUGGCGGCGGGAAAGUUAGCGCUGGAAGAGCAUGUGAACCGGCGGCUGGACGAGUUGAUGGAACUUCUCCCAAGGCAGUGUCCACGGUGCACACAGAUCUCCACAGAUGAGCGGCCCUGCGUGAUUUACACAGAUGGGGCCUUUGAGGCUAGCUGCGCCACAUGGGGCUACGUUUUCCUGGAUCCUGCAAGCAACCACCGCGUGUGCAAGCAUGGGUGGGUCCCAAACCACUUGAGAGACUUUUGGCUCAGGACGGUGGGAGAACAGAUCAUCGCGCAUGCAGUGGUUUGCGCACUCUGGGAUUUGCAGGAAAGGAUGAUGGACAGGCGUGUGCUGCUAUUUAUAGACAAUGAGUCGUGUCGCUUUGCGCUCAUCAAGCGAGCUUCGAGAUCCGGUGCUGUUUUAGACAUGCUGAAGGUCAUAGGGGAGCUGGAGGCGAGCGCAAAAGCGUUCGUGUGGUUUGAGCGAGUUGCGAGUUUCACGAAUCCGGCAGAUUGGCCCUCGAGGCUUGAUUCCGCUUCGUUGCCAGGAGAGUUGGGGGUGAAAGAUGGAGGAAGGCUUGACUUGCCGGAAGAAGUCUGGCGGAGGCUCACAAGGGAGCCCAGACUUGGCACUCCGCUCGUGGAAGCGGGGGUGGUGGCCGAGCGAAAGAAGAGGAGGCGCCACUAA